GAGCAGAUGCCUAAAUUUGGCCUCCCCCGGAGGCAAUAGACCACCGAGAAAAGCUAGAGAAGCACUUCCCAAGAGUUGCACAGGCCACUAAGCGAGCACCGCACACUUCCGCUUCCGGUUCCUAUUCCGGAAGUGGCUUUCUGAGGUUGCGCGCCGUUUAGUGUGGUCGGUCUUUGUGAGCUUCCAGCAUGGCGUACCGCGGCCAGGGUCAAAAAGUCCAGAAGGUGAUGGUGCAGCCCAUCAACCUCAUCUUCAGAUACUUGCAAAACAGAUCUCGGAUUCAGGUGUGGCUUUAUGAGCAAGUGAAUAUGCGGAUAGAGGGCUGCAUCAUUGGUUUUGAUGAGUAUAUGAACCUCGUAUUAGAUGAUGCAGAAGAGAUUCAUUCUAAAACAAAGUCAAGAAAACAACUAGGUCGGAUCAUGCUAAAAGGAGAUAAUAUUACUCUGCUCCAAAGUGUCUCCACCUAGAAAUGUCUAAUGAAGUGAGAAAUUGUUGAGAAGCAAUACAGUUUGGUUCUCAAUUGUCCUCUGUUGGAAUUAAAGGCUAAAUAUACCCAUUCGUUUUGUUCACUACCAACUGAUAAAUAAAUAAUGUUGAAUUGUUUUUAUUAAAAAAUGUACAUUGUUUCUGUCUAGUAGUAGAGACCUUUUACAGUGACACUGUUAGUUGUUGGUAUUUUAGUUUUCUGAAGGUGGCUGUUGACCCUGGGCAUUUGCUUUUCACAGAGCCUGAUCUAUAGAUUCUUAAGGCAGAGUAGGAAUUCUGCCUGACAGGUAAGCUUCUAAUACUGGGUGGAAGAGAACAAGAGGGUUCACGAAAAUA